AUGGGAUUCAUUUCCACAGGACGUGGGUAUAAGCGUCGAAAGUCUGACCCGAUCUACUCUUUCCAGCGGAAGGUAUCUCCUCGAAAUCGACUUCCCUUUUUGAAUGACCUGCUCCCUUCUCCUUCAACCACUCCAACAGAUAGCAUCACGUCAGACAUACAUGUACCUCCUACCCUAGAAACACUUCCCGUGGACAUUUUAUUGUUAAUAUACAAUUAUGUGGGAGUUGGAGAGGCUAACAACAUGUCAUUUAUUAACAAGCAUUUUCAUAUGGUCAUUCCGCUGGUCAAAGAGAAGUGGUGGUUGGAGAAGAUGGUCAAGUGUCAUUACGUUGUGGACUUGAACAUUGAUGUUAGCGAAAAGUGGGAAGCAAGAUAUCGCUCAAGAUACUCAAAGCUUCCCCUUCCGUUAGGGAGAGCUGGUCUGGCUCGGAUUUCUUGA